UGCCUCCCUCCUACCAUUGUAUGUGUGCUUAGCCACACUGGAGGUUACUGGGAGGAGGCUGUGAGUCGGCCUAAUGCUGCCAUAAUUGCCCACUGGCCCCUGGUUUUCCUUAUCACGCACAGUGUGGACAGUUCCGCCUCUCAUCGUCUCUCCAGACUCAGCAGUAAUGAACAUAACCAGUGUUGAUCCAUUUGUGGCCCCGCUGACCUUCCUGGACACUAAGGAAUACGAGUCUCUGAAAGUCAUAUUUUUUAUCUUAACAUUCUUGUUCUUCACUUUCUUCAUCUACUUCAUCGUUGUCCUUCUGACUGUCUACUUCACCACUCCUCAUGUCCAGGAGAACGCUCGAUAUGUCCUCUUCGCCCACAUGCUCAUCAACGAUACGUUGUAUCUCAUCCUGGGACUUAUUCUUUCUGUGGUCUAUACAUUUCUUAUAUACAUUCCACUGCCUGUCUGCUAUCUUAUGAUCACUCUUGCAGCUACAACCUUCAAGGUGACUCCCUAUAACCUUGCCGUCAUGUCUUUGGAGCGUUACAUAGCCAUUUGCUUCCCAUUGAGGCAUGUCGUUUUUUGUACAACUCGAAGAUCUCACUUCGUCAUUGCAGUCAUGUGGUUUGUUGGGCUAUUCCCUCACGUUGCUGAUUUUAUCGUCCUGAUCGUCUCAGUCGAGAAAGGUUUUUUCCUCCAAGGUGUUGCAUGCAGACAGGAGUCCCUCAUAGUGAUACCUCUGCAGUCCAUCAUAAGGUCCUUUUCCUCCAUCGGUAGCCUGGUUCUGGUGGCUGUUGUCAUUCUGUUCACCUACGUCAGAGUUAUUAUCAUAGCUCGGAAAACGAAUUCCAAGAGUUCUUAUGCUUCCAAGGCUAGUAGAACCCUGAUGCUCCAUGCCAUCCAACUACUACUAUGUCUCCUGUCAUUGACGUCCUCGUUCACUGAGUCGUACAAUGGAGAGUAUGUUGUCAUUUUAAUGGGCUUUAACUUCCUGCUCUUCAUGUGUUUGCCACGGUUCCUCAGUCCUCUUAUAUAUGGGAUUAGAGAUGAAGUGUUCAACAAAUGCAUUAAGAAGAUAUAUUCCUCCCAAGCAUAAGCAAAUGGUUCCCCCCAGAAUCAAAACUUGAAUACAUUGUCUGACCCUCCGGAAAACCUGCGAAAUUCUGUUAUAACUGCAAAGAACCCCAAUUAUCCACUCCCUUUACCCAACCUUGUCACGUUCAUAAAGGUCCAGUAAGGUUGAGACCUAAAGAGGUAUUCCAACGCAAACACCGAGGCCAGACGAACUGCCGACAUAUACCUCUGCCAUGUGCAGCCCCGCUGUUUGUAUGUUUAA